CCUUCGGUCAAAACCGCUAAAAGAGCAGCGUGUCGACCUCUGUUGAGGUCGGACUGCCGCCCUAGACGAAUCUGUUGAAACGCGAAGGCUUUUCCAUUUAGUUUUCGGAUUGAACGCAGUUCGCCUUGCCUCAGGAAUAACAAGAAUGUUUUCAGUAUGAUUUUUGACUUUUCGAUGAAGAUGCAUUAACCCGCCUGGUAGUUUCUAAAGUGCCCUUACAUUUUCUUAUGUAGUUUUAAUUGAUGAUCGUUUUUAAGUUGGGUACGUCCUGCCUGUAUUAAAUACUGGCAUUUCUUGUGUAAGAUACUGGGACAAGACCAGAGUUACCGGAACUCCUGUGCGUUUAAUGCAACUUGCGAGCUCAUGAAAGCUGUUUGUUUCUCAGCAGGGAGGAAGCACAGUACAGGAAAAAGCAGGCUAACCCUGUCAUUAACGUAAACAGCAGAGGGGAAGAAAAGGCGCUCCAAGUCUUUUGUUCCAUUACUGGAAUCCGGUCUCCAGCAACAAGGAUGAGUAGAAAAAUGGACGUGGAUGAAGUUUAAAAUUGGAAUAAUCCAGCCCACUCAUCUAUCAGAUCGACGCGCUUUAACUUGUUCGAAGAGACGUCAGACUUGCGUUUGAACAAUUUAGGGUUUCAGUGUUGUUUGUUUUUAGUAGUUUUUUCCCCCUCUAACGUCGCCCGCGGAACCAUGGCCGCCGAAGAAGAUAACCCGUUUAACGGGGAGGGCGAGGCGGAGGAGACGGUGGAGGAGACCUCCGAGGGGUGUGGCUGGUGCGAGAGGUUUCAGCGCUCUGUGGCCAAAUGGAUGCUUCCGGAGCACGCCAGGGACAUCUACCUGGAAAGAGCCAACUGCUGUCCCCCUCCCAUCUUCAUCAUACUGAUCAGUAUCGGCGAGUUGGCCGUCUUCAUCUACUAUGCUGUGUGGAAGCCCCAGAAGCAGUGGAUCACUCUGGACAAGGGCAUCCUGAACAGCCCCCUGACGUACCGCCCUGAUAAGAGAGAAGAGGCCUGGCGCUUCAUCUCAUACAUGUUUGUGCAUGCUGGGGUGGAGCACAUCUUGGGCAACCUGACCCUGCAGCUGCUGCUGGGGAUCCCGCUGGAGCUGGUGCACAAGGGGAUCGAAGUGGGAACCGUCUACCUGUCCGGAGUCCUUGCAGGCUCACUGGCCAGCUCCAUUUUCGACCCCCUGCACGCCCUGGUCGGUGCAUCAGGAGGUGUGUACGCACUCAUCGGGGGGUAUUUCAUGAACGCCCUGGUGAAUUUCAAAGAGAUGAUUCCAUUACUGGGUGCAUUCCGAAUAGUAGCAAUUUUACUGAUAGUUGGGACAGACGUUGGAUUUGCUCUUUACAGAAGGUUUAUAAGUCACGAAGUCGGUCAUGCAGUCUCCUUUGUGGCUCAUAUAGCUGGGGGAAUGGCAGGCAUGACUGUGGGAUUCGUGUUCUUCAGCAACUACAACCAGAAACUCCUCAAGGACCCCAAGUUCUGGGUGUGCAUUGUGGGAUACUUCGCCUUCAUCCUCUUUGCCGUGCUGUUCAACAUUUUCUUAUCCCCAGCCUGACGGGAGGCGGGGGGCGAGCUGGUGUUUCGUUCAAAAGUGGACUCGGGACAAUCUUUUAAAUUCUGAUCGUUGAAUCCCCCUACGGCCACUCGAAUACGGCCGAGCGGACUGCUCGAUGAUGGAUCGAGAUCUGCGUUUUUCUGACCGGAAAUUUAAGCACCACAACUUGACCUGUGAUCUAAAAGGGAAUAAAAAAUUUAAUUUUUUUUUACAGUA